CUUCCACUAUCCCCGGCGCCCGUAAACCCCUUCCUUUCCUCCCUCCUUCCCUCAGCUAUAGCCCCAGGGUCGCGGGAAGGUGACCGGGCUGGAUGGGACGGGGAUUUGACGAAACUACAGAGGCCUGGUGCCCUCAAAACUGCCGGGCGGCUCUGUCUCCUUAGCGCCGUAAACCGCGGGUGAGGAAAAAGAGCGAGAAAGAUCGCGGGGGGGACGGGAAAGCCGAUCCCCGCCAUCUUGUUCGCCUUCAUAACCGGGACACCAUUGGCCACGCCCACCUUCUCCUUUCCUAUUGGUGUAGCCGGGGACACGUCGCUCCCGCCCGCACGCUGGGCGCUGCUGUGGGCCGUGAUGGAAGAGGAUGGACAGCGGUAUUUGGAGUUGCUGCUAUGAGGAAACCUCGGAGGAGGUCACGACAGAAUCUAGAAGGCAGACGGUCUCCUUCACCAUAUAGCUUGAAAUGCUCACCCACAAGAGAAACUCUAACUUAUGCCCAAGCUCAACGAAUAGUGGAAGUUGAUAUUGAUGGUCGUCUCCAUCGAAUCAGCAUCUAUGAUCCUUUAAAGAUUAUAACUGAGGAUGAACUGACUGCCCAAGAUAUUACAGAAUGCAAUAGUAACAAAGAAAAUAGUGAGCAACCAUUAUUUCCUUCAAAAUCGAAGAAAACACAGUGUAAAGGCAAAAAAAAGGAGACAUGUACAAAACAUGCUCCAGGGACAUCUUUCCAUUUGCCACAACCAAGCUUUCGCAUGAUUGACUCAUUCAGCCAGCCAGAUGCUCCACCCUUGCCUUCAACAUACUAUCAGUAUAUUGAGAAACCACCUGAGGAUGUUGAUGCUGAAAUUGAAUAUGAUAUGGAUGAAGAGGAUUUAGCUUGGCUUGACAUGAUCAAUGAAAAGAGGAAGAAUGAUGGUUAUGGGUCAAUUUCUGCUGAGACCUUUGAAUUGCUUUUAGAUCGGUUGGAAAAGGAGUCGUACUUGGAGAGCCGUAACAGUGGCGCCCAGCAGACCCUGAUAGAUGAAGAUGCUGUUUGUUGUGUUUGCAUGGAUGAUGAGUGUCAUAACAGCAAUGUCAUUUUGUUUUGUGAUAUUUGUAACUUGGCUGUGCACCAAGAAUGCUAUGGUGUGCCCUAUAUCCCUGAGGGGCAAUGGCUUUGUCGCUGUUGCCUACAAUCCCCUUCCCGCCCUGUGGAUUGUGUUUUGUGCCCAAACAAAGGUGGUGCCUUCAAACAGACCAGUGAUGGUCACUGGGCCCAUGUUGUUUGUGCCAUAUGGAUCCCAGAAGUCUGCUUUGCGAACACUGUUUUUCUGGAACCCAUUGAAGGGAUAGAAAAUAUCCCACCAGCUCGCUGGAAGCUAACAUGCUACAUCUGCAAGCAGAAGGGCAUGGGAGCAGCCAUCCAAUGUCACAAGGUAAACUGCUACACAGCUUUCCAUGUUACCUGUGCCCAGAGGGCUGGUCUUUUUAUGAAGAUUGAGCCCAUGAGGGAGACCAGCCUCAAUGGCACAACAUUUACCGUGCGUAAAACUGCUUACUGUGAGGUACAUUCCCCUCCUGGCACAGUGAAGAAAAGGCAUUCAGCUGCUAUCCACGAAGGAGAAGGAAAUAUUGCAAAGAGUGAGAUAGUUGAUGAUCGCACUCCCCAAAACAAGAACAAAGUAAAGUUAAAACAGAAGGUGAAGAAGAAAAGUUGUACUUCAACACCUCUACUAAUGGUCACACAGAUACCUUCUUACCGGCUGAAUAAAAUCUGCAGUGGACUCUCUUUCCAGAGAAAAAAUCAGUUUAUGCAGAGGCUUCACAACUACUGGCUGUUAAAGCGUCAGUCCAGAAAUGGUGUCCCACUAAUACGACGGCUGCACUCUCACUUACAGUCCCAAAGAAAUGCAGAACAGAAAGAGCAAGAUGAAAAGACCAGUGCUGUCAAAGAAGAACUGAAAUACUGGCAGAAACUGCGGCAUGACUUAGAAAGAGCACGGCUCCUCAUUGAAUUAAUCCGUAAACGUGAGAAACUCAAACGUGAACAGGUAAAGGUUCAGCAAGCUGCUAUGGAGCUACAGCUCACUCCAUUCAAUGUUCUGCUGCGCACAACACUUGAUCUACUGCAGGAAAAGGAUCCAGCUCAAAUAUUUGCAGAUCCUGUCAACUUAAAUGAGGUUCCAGAUUACCUGGAAUUCAUUUCCAAGCCAAUGGAUUUUUCUACCAUGAGGCAGAAGCUGGAGUCCCAUCAGUACCAAACACUGGAUGAAUUUGAGGAGGACUUUAACCUUAUUCUCACCAACUGCAUGAGGUAUAAUUCUAAAGACACAGUUUUCCAUCGAGCAGCUGUCCGACUCAGAGACCUUGGAGGGGCAAUAUUACGCCAUGCACGGCGGCAAGCUGAAACAAUUGGCUUUGACCCCCAAGUGGGGAUUCACUUGCCAGAAUCACCAAAGACAGAAGAUUUUUAUCGUUUUUCUUGGGAGGAUGUUGAUAACCUUCUCCUCCCCGAGAAUCGGGCUCAUCUUUCAUUGGAAGUACAGCUGAAGGAAUUACUGGAAAAGCUGGACAUGGUGAGCACCAUGCGGUCCAGCGGAGCCCGAACUCGCCGCAUCCGCCUCUUGAGACGGGAAAUCAACUCUGUCAGGCAAAAGUUGUCACAGCAACAGAAUAAAACUGUGCCAAAUGGAGAGCCAGCUCCAUGGGAGGAGGGACUGGAGAAAAUACUACAAGGAGAACAAGAUGAAAGCAGAGAGAAAGCAGAUGACACCAAGCCCCCACUUCCCCCCACCCUGGAGCCCACAGGACCUGCACCCUCCCUAUCGGAGCUGGACUCUCUGCAGGACCCUCCAACUCUCAAACCCAUUAGCGAAAGCAAGUCCUUGAAAAGACUACAUAAACGGCUGAAGUCUGAGGGUGAGCUCUUUGAUAAGAAGACGCUGCAGAGGGAGAGCCACGCCUUCCAGCGCUUGCUCAGCGACAACGGCCUGAACGGAUUGGCCCUUCAGGCCACGGGCACUUCUGCCAGCCCUCUGUUUAGUGGAGUGGGCAGGCGGACAUCUGUCCUUUUUAAAAAAGCCAAGAACGGGGUGAAACUGCAAAAAGGUCUGGACUGUUCCCUUGAGAAUGGAGAGGAUCACAGCCAGAGUGGGCAGCUCUCCCCCUCCAGCAUAGAGGGUGAGCGGUUAUCUCGGAAACGGUCAUACAGUGGGAGCUGCAGCGAGAGCGAUGGCAAGAAAUCCCCCAGGCAGGCAGGAGUGACAGCAGCAGUAACCAAUGGCUUCAGGAAGCAUAUGGAAAAUGGUUCCGACUCAGAAUGCAGUUCUGGCCUUGGUGGUGGUCUCGCAUUUGACAUCUGCAGUGGCCUGACUCCACACAAACAGAGCAGAGGAAAGCCUGCUCUUGCACGGGUUCCUUUCUUGGAUGGUGUAAAUGGAGACUUAGAAUACAGCAGCACAGGUAGAAAUCUACUGAUGCCAUUUGAGGAGCAUGCUGAAUUAGAGCCUCUGGAGCUUGUGUGGGCAAAGUGUCGUGGGUACCCAUCUUACCCAGCAUUGAUUAUUGAUCCUGAGAUGCCACGAGAGGGUUUGCUUCAUAAUGGAGUCCCAAUUCCCGUUCCACCGCUGGAGGUAUUGAAACUAGGAGAGCAGAAACAAGCGGAGGCUGGGGAAAAGCUUUUCCUUGUCCUUUUCUUUGACAACAAAAGGACAUGGCAGUGGCUUCCACGAGAAAAAGUUCUUCCCCUGGGAGUGGAUGAUACAGUGGAUAAAUUAAAAAUGAUGGAGGGACGAAAAACAAGCAUCCGCAAGUCUGUCCAAGUUGCAUAUGACCGUGCCAUGAUUCAUAUGAGUCGAGUGCGGGGAGAUCAUCCUUUUGUCACACCAAAUUAUCUCUAGGGACUGAAACUGUUUUCUUUGCCCUUCUUGCUUUCCUUGGAAACAGUGUCUGCAUCUGUAGGCAUUGUUGGCGCCAUGGGUCUUAGUGUAACUGAGCAGUACGGAGCUUCUCCACUGCCUAGAGGAAGAUGUAACUGCCAUGCUUGUUUCUAUUCAAAUCAGAGGCGCACUGCUCCUGGUGUUAGGAGAAGGUUUCUGAAAAGUACCUGAUCUGUGCCAAAACCCCUGCCUUGGUUCUUUCAGAAUAUGCUUCUCUGAAGGGCCAGCAAUGUCAUGGAGCAGUGCAGUGUAUGCUGUGGGCUUGAUAGAACCUUCAGUCUAAAAAGCUGAGCUUGUUUGCUGAUUGGACUAGAAGGUCCACAAGUCUUUAGUUUUGUGUUUUUUUUUUAAUCUUCAGCUAGUCCUGGAGAAUCUCUGGAGGCUGCCACUGCUAUAAAGAACUCAGUAUCCUUUUAAUGCCUUCUAUGUGCCAAAUUUACUGUAUUCAUCAUACUUUUUCAUUUUAUUUUUAAAAGCACUGGUUUGCUCCAUUGCAUUUAUUCAUUUAUACCCUAGUCUAGAAGUUUCAUGCCUACGUUUAUGUACCUGAUGUUUAUGUUUAGUCUCACCUGCAGGAGAAAUAGAGUCAAUAUUUUAGUGAGUUUUCUCUUUACCUCAUUCUUUCUUACACUGAGUUUUAAACAUGAAGAAAUCACCUCUAAAAUGUUUUGUUUUACAUUUAUGAAGUAGUUUUUACAUUUCAACUGCAGUUUCAGGUUAAAAUAUUGAAGUGGGCACAACAGUCUUUCAAAAGUUUUACAAAGGCCUAACCUGCUAGAAAAAUGUUACUUAAUGCAAAGUUUUGUUAGGGCAUGUGGCAAGAGAAAGCUUUUUCAAACCUCUGGCCCCAUCAACCCAAUUAAAAGACACUAUAUACAGAGUAGGAGCUGCCUUAAUCACUUUGGUACAUGGAGAAGAUACCACCACCCUGAAGCUGAAUGAUUGUUGAAUGCAGAAGCAACCUCUUGCCUGUGUAGAGAGUGCAGCAGUUACAGAGAGUGCACUGGUUCCACAUGCACACCUGCACCCGGUUGGACCAGGACUGCUGUGCACCAGAUUCUAUAUGAAGAGCUCCUUCCAGCUUUGUGUGGUAUAUCUUGAAAUAGAAUACUAUGUGUACAUUGAAGUGUGCUGCUUUGAAUCAGGGUAUCAGUGUCAAAGUGACAAUUUCUCUUUACCCUGGAAAGUUAUCCUAACUUGUUUUAGGCUGAGUUGGAAUGUUGUCUUACCUUCAUGCUCACCAGAAUACUUUGCAGUUUCGCCGUUUGCAUUACCGUAAAUAAUUCAUUAUUUCCUGUUCUGCUGCAUGAGCCCCCAUUAUUGGGAUCUUUUAAUGAAUAGAGCACAACUCCUCAGAGAAUCUUAUUUUUAAUGUAUAUGUGCUGGAAAAGCAAGAAGAGCUGAAGUUUGCAAGAUGAAAAACAUUUCAUGUUUGAAUUUUGAUUUAAGGAUGGGUAUUUUCUUUUGAAACAUUAUGAACCAAAAGUACAGAGCAAGAUUGUAAUUUGAAGAGAUCAUUUUUUUUUCCUUUUAAACUCAAUUUUUAAAAUUGUUUUAUUUUUUCAUACUAAAGAGAUAAUGGAACAAAAUGUUAAUAGGGAAAAUCACUGCCAUUUCUGUGUGAUGUACUUUUUUAAAAAGAAAAGUACGGCAUCUUAUAUAUUGGGACAUAAAAUGACACUUUAUGGAAAAUAUCUGUAAGGUAUAAAGAAAAUAAAUGGGAGUUUAUAUAUAUAUAUAUAGUUAAUUAUGCCUGAAGAGUGUGGUUAUGUAAGGAAAUGUGUACAUAGUUGUAAAAUACAGUUCUAAAUUAUUCAGGCCAAUUGUAACCAUUCUUGAAGUCCUCAGAUGUGUUGCUGGGUCUUUUGUAUGCACACAGUGUAAUUAAUUUAAAGCAACAUACACUUUUCCCAGAUUGUAGCUCAGCUGUGGACUAGUGACCUAUGUAUAACUGUUUUAAUUUUUUCAUUUUUAAAAAAUUACAUUUUAAGGAUUUGAAUCAGUUAAUAUCCUGCUAUUGCUAUGGGACCUAAACGUGACUUGUCAGUCUGCUGUAAAGCACAGAUGGCUCUAUUUAUUGUAGAAAGUGAGUUUAUUGCUUUCUAUAACUGUUUAUAUCAGAUGAUGUAAGAGUUAAUAAAAUCCUAUGCUUGUAAAGAAAAAAAAUGCUAAUUUUACCUGCUAUAAUCUGACUGUCUGAAACUAUAUUUUCUCUUUGAGAAAUAAAUGUUCUAAUGUAAAAUUCCUGAUUUAAUUGUUUUAGUCCAAGAAGAUCACUGGCUCAAUCAAAUCUGAUGAUUUACCAGUUUCCCUAAGUCCCAAAGAAUUCAGUAGCUUUCAUAAACUUUUUCUGGAGUAUCUCUCCCUCCAUCUGUUUCCCUUGUUUUAAUUUCAGGCUUGGCAGAAUAUUGAAAGAUUUCUUGAUAUAAGCAGGUGGGACUUCUCAAUUAGCAUAGAAAAAGUGGAAGACUUAAUUCAGUGUGGGAGCAUUGAAAAGAUAGGAAUGGAAAAUACAAUA